AUGUGUUACCUUUUUCCUUCCUUUUUUUUAAUCUCUGUGAUUUUCACAAUCUCACUUCCUGCAUUUGCUUUCUCUUCAUCAUUUAUCAUUCUUCUCUCUUUUACUUUUAAUAUUUUGCUUACUUUUUCAAUCAUUAACACCUACUGCCCAUCAUUUUCUUCUUUUUCAUAUUUUUUCUUUUUUUCUUCUUCUUCUUCUCCUCCUUUUUCUUCUUUUUUAUUCUUCUUCUUUUUCUUUUUCUUCUACUUUUUCUUCUUUUUCUUUUUUCUUCUUUUUAUUCUUCUCCUUCUUUUUCUUUUUCUUUUUCUUCUUAUUUUCCUUUUUCUUCUUUCCUCUUCUUUUUCUUCUACUUUUUCUUCUUUUUCUUCUUUUCAUUUUUCUUCUUCUUUUUCUUCUUCUUCUUCUUUUCCGUUUUCUUCUUUUUCUUCUUCUUUUUCUUGUUUUGCUUUUUCUUUUUCUUCUUCUUUUUUUCAUCAUCUCCUUCUUUUUUCUUCUUCUUCUUCUUCUUCUUCAUCAUCAUCAUCUCUCUUUUUAAUCUCACUCAAUUCCACACUCUUUCCUACUUCAUUUCUUUUCAUCACUCUCAAACAUUAUUUUUCUCUAAUACGAACAUCUCUAUCUUUCACUUUAUAUAUUUUUUUAUGA